GGGUUGCGGCGCAUGCGCCGUUCGCACUCUGCGCAUGCGCACGUCCCGCUCGCGGUCGAUUGGAGGCGGUCGCGGGGAGACGGCGGUGGUCGUACGGGCGGCCAUGAGCGGGUUCGGGGUCGCGGCGUUGCCGUCCGGAUCCUCGGCCGCCGCUGGGACCCGGAGCGGCAGCAGCGACAGCCUGGAGAAGAUCGACAUGUCGUUGGAUGAUAUAAUUAAACUGAACAAGAAAGAAGAGAGAAAGCAGUAUUCCCCCAAAAUGAAAAGAGGAAUUCAGCAGAAUCGAACUCAGCAAUUCAGGAUGCCAGGCUCCAAGUGGGGGAUCCAACAACAGAAAGGUUAUGGUAAAAAUCAUUUGGGACACAGAAAGAAGAUUGUAGGGAAGAAACGCCCUUAUGCAGUUAUAACUGGCUUGGCAGCCAAGAAAGCAAUGGGUUCACACAAAGGAAUUAGUCCUCUGAACAGACAGCCACUUAGUGAGAAGAACACACAACGGAAUUAUCCCAUCCUGAAAAAGAAACCAAACUUGCGAAGGCAAACUGAAAUGCAGAGAAAACAAAUUCCAGUCCUCAGGAGACCUGCCCCUCUAAGCAGGAGGAAUAACAUGCCAUCUGCUUUUACCAGAAUUGGAAACAAACUAAAUCAGCAGAAAGACACUCGUCAAGCAACUUUCCUGUUUCGAAGAGGAUUAAAGGUGCAGGCCCAAGUGCAGCCAACAGAAGAUCUUGAUAAUCAGACAGCAAAGAGAACUCGUCAAUGGCGAACUUCUACCACAAGUGGAGGGAUUCUGACCGUGUCCAUUGAGAAUCCGGGAGCAAUUAUAACCCCAAUUUCCCAGAAAUUGCGAUUAACUCGUACUCCUGUGCCCCCAUUUCUGAUGAAGAGGGACCAAUCUGAAGAGAAGAAGAUUCCCAAAGGGGUUCCAUUGCAGUUUGAUAUUAAUAGUGUUGGAAAGCAGACAGGGAUGACACUGAACGAACGUUUUGGGAUCCUGAAGGAACAAAGAACUGCGCUGUCUCAGAACAAAGGGAGCCGUUUUGUAACAGUAGGCUAACCUGACAAAUGGACGAGCACUGAUCCCACCUGUCUAAGAAAGUGAGAUACAAGUGGGCAGAAGAAUACAUAAGUCACUGAAAUUCUCCAGACUUCUUGCUAAGGUGGUGUCAGAAAUAGCUAUCUUUAUUACUUCUACUUUGAACAGUAAAAGACAUUUUGCCCUGAAAGGGGGGAAAAGUAUGGAAACUGUUCUGCUAAAAUGACACCAUUACCCAGUUGGAACAGAUUCUGUUGCCCAGAUGUUGACAAACACUGAUUUUGGUUCAUCUUGCAAUCAAUAUAUAAACAUGAAGUUAAACGCUUUUUUUUUGUUUGUUUGAGAGUACUCAGUAUCUGUUCUUUGACACUUUGCUAUAGUAAAGAUUGUGUCAGUGUUUCAUUACAACUACCAUUUUAUGGUGUUGGGGACUGCCUACGAACGUUCCUCUGGACUGAAGUUUGGCACUGAGCCUCAGUCCAUGAAUUCUUUGGUAGUGAUGUAGCAACAUUUUUCAUGGGAGCAUUGGUUGUACUUCUUUGUGCUUUUGAAGUUCAACUUUUUUUUCCUUUCUUUCUUGAAGACUUAAAGUUUUGCAUCCUUUUUUUCACAAAUAAAGCUGUUAGUUGAGACCCAUAAUAUUAAAUCGGGAUGGAGACUGUUCUACUCUUAUCCUUUAAAAGUGGUCCAGAUAACUUAGGAAGGAUUCUGCACAGGCAGUAUGAAAGUAACUUAUACUACAAAUAUCUGGACAUCUUUAGCAUCAUCUGCAGGUAGAUAGAGUAUGUCUUGUCUCCUAUUUUUUUCCUUGAACAAUUGCUUACUAUUUUCUUUUGUAAGUUGUUGGUUUUUUCCUCAAACUAAAGGCAAUAACCUUACAUUUUUGAGUAAUUUCAUAGGAAUAAAUGUAACAGUUCACAAGAAGGUCAGUGGUAUGGUAGAGUUCCUUACCCUCCCAGGUACAGGAUCCUUAUCUUGCGAACCUUGCCCUGAAGGCUUUUCUCUGCUUUGUGCAAAUGGCCAGAAGCAUGCGAUCUAAUGGCGCUUGUUUGUAUAUACCAAAGAGAGGUGAGAUGUAAAGCUCGGUAGUGGUCAGGCAUCUUGAAGCUGGCUGAAGGUGGGGAAUGUUGCUGGGAGAAAGCCCGCAGCCCAGCAGUGUAGGUGAAGCAUUAAAGCAGGAGCACGUGGACGUGAGGCUUGGCUUUGUGUGUCCGAAUCUGCAGGAUGGUAACAACUGAGUCAUUGCCAAUAUUGGUUUGUAUCAUCCCUAAAGAUGAGGCACCUGUUCAGAA